AGCAAAUUACGCGGUUUAGUUUCUUGACUGCUGCAAUUUGUUCGAUUUCCCAGCAGUUGAAAUAUAGAACAAACAACUAACACGCGAGGAACCCAAAAUUCAAAGAUCUUCGGCGAUAGCAUCAAGCUAUUGAGUUUCCCGGGAAGACCGCAUGGAUAUACCGAAUGUUUACCAAAGUGCACGUGAACAAAAACAGGGCCAUUACAGCAGCAAUGUAGCGUUGUCAUCGGCUCCUUCUUUCAGCAGAAGCAAAAGUGAUCUUGAUCUUACUUCCAAACUAUCUCCUACUAGCUCCGAAGAGUAUGUCGAACCUGAAGUUUACAAAUUACCAGAAACUAUAGAUUCUCAGCCUAGCUUUCCGAAACCUACCGUCCCACGUCUACGUUCAAUCGCAUCCGUGGCGCCACCCGUUCCACCUAGAAUGCUGCGUGAUUCGGAUAACGGUAUCGAUUUGACCAUCGCUAGAAGGGCGAACUCGGAGUCUAGUCCAUACGAUAUUUCGAAAGGAAUCGCGGAAUCGGCAAUGGAUAUUUCGCUGCUUACGGCGAACGCCAACCAGUUGAGAUUGCUGAUAACUUAUAAUCAAGAUUCACAAACCUACAUGGCUUGCAUCACGUUUAUAAUUAUGUCACUGGUGCUGCAGAUGUUGGUAGCCGUCACCAUGAUCAUUGUUUCGUUGAUGAAACAGAAUCUUCGAGAAACGACCCGUCAGAAACUGAAAAUCACCACAUCAGUUGGGGUGGCAAUUAUUACAAUGAUCAACAUACUGGUCGCGUCACUGGUAGUGGCUGAGUACACGCCCUCGGACGGAAGGACCAUGUCCACAAUGGGUACUAUGUCCACGGAGGGAACUAUGGCUACGAUGGCAACGAUUGCUGCCGUUAGUAGCAGUACCACUGCUGUUCCAUUGGAUGUUGUUUAG